AAUUCAACAAAACCGCAGAACACAAGCAGAGGUGAUUCUCUCUCGGUAUCAGUUGGUGAACAAGACUUGAAGAUGGUCAGAAGCGGUGCAGAAGUAUUGAAAUCGAAUUCUGUAAUGCACAUUGAGCAACAGUUCAACAGUGGAGAGGAGUUCAAGGAUCAGCUGUUGAGGUAUGUCUUGAAGACAAACUAUGAUGUGAAGUUGUGCAAAUGGGGUCAAACACAGCUGGCGGCUAUAUGCAGCCAUGAGAAAUGCAAAUGGAAGAUUUAUUGUUCUGUGGAUAAAGGAGUAAAGAAGUGGGUAGUCAAAACAUAUGUUGAUGCUCAUGCACAUGCUAUCAGUGGCAUACCUUGUCCACAUGCAAUAUUUGUUAUUGGAGAGCACAACCGCGAUCCAGAAGAUUAUGUUGACAGACAUUUAGAAACAAAAGUCUUGAAAGCUACCUACAAGGACAACAUAGAACCUGUCAAUGGAGAAAGACUAUGGAAGAGAACUGGGAAAGGGGUAAUUGAGGUGCCAGAUAAGAGGAAGAAGCGGGGGCGGCCUAAGAAGUUUGAUAGGAUAAAGGAGCCAAGUGAAUCGUCAACUAAUCCAACCAAACUAACAAGAGAAGGAAAAACUGUGACUUGUAGCAACUGUAAGCAAAUAGGUCACAAUAAGGGAACUUGCAAAAACCAAGCUGUGCAAUCUGCUCCUCCACGCAAAAGAGGAAGACCAAGGAAGUCUGUGCAUUCAAGUGCUCCAGCAGCUAAUCCAAGUGGUAGAGGUCGUGCUCGUGGACGUCCUCCUGGAGUUAAAAAUGGUCAAGGCAAGGGUAAAGGCAAGGGUCGUGGUAAAGGAUCCGAUGAAGCUCCAAGACCUCCUGUCUUUUUCAUGUCUCCUUGGACUGAUAAGGUCUUUGAUGUUUGGAGACCUGAGAAGAAAUAGGAUAGAUUUAUGUUCUCUUUUGUGUCCUUAUUGACUUUGUAGGAUGAUAUCUAUGUAGGAUGAUGUGUUUGGUAGGAUCCUGAUUUGUUUUGGUGGGAUCUUUAACUUUUCAAACUAAACGGCUCUUUUGGAU